GAGUAACACUACCACCUACGUUGCCAGAUUUCUUUGUUCACGGCUCGUAGUUGACGUCGGCUGUGCUAAAACCAUCAAACACUUGACGUUCCUGUGGGAGCGUAACGAACCAUGUUUCCAACGUUGUAACGUCCUUUGACGCUGGUCAAACUUACCGACAAGAGCCCAAACGGGCCAUGUGGCGAACGUUGGACUCAUGCAUUCCGUCAGCGCUCUCCCACACGAUGUGGCGAAUGGCCAUGUGUCCAACGUUGUAAGGCAUUCGCCACAUCUUGUGGGACUGGUUGUAUCCGAACGCUACGAGCGUGUCCGACGUUCGCCUCGCCGGGCGAAAUAUCCGAACGUGCUCUAAAUUACGACAUAGACGUGCCCUUGAAAAGCCGGUAUAAAAUCUAGUUGCUCAUAAAAUUGAGGAAGUUCCUGCAUAGUCAUUGCGAAUUUUUUCAUUUGAGCUUGGAAACUACAGAAAAAUGGUCGCAAAGGCAGUGGCAGUCCUCAACGGAGAGACAGUAAAAGGCACGGUGUUCUUCUGCCAAGAGAACCCCAAGGCUCCAGUGAAGAUCACAGGUGAGAUCACGGGCCUCGGCCAAGGUUUACAUGGCUUCCAUGUCCACGAGUUUGGAGACAACACCAACGGUUGCAUUUCCGCGGGGGCUCAUUUCAACCCCCAUGGCAAAGACCAUGCUGGUCCCAAAGAUACUGACAGGCAUGUGGGUGAUCUGGGAAAUGUAGAGGCAGGCAGCAAUGGUGUUGCAAAGAUAAACAUUGAAGACAGCAUCAUCUCUUUGGAAGGAGACCAUAACAUUGUUGGUAAGCAAAAAACUAUCAUGUUUCAUCUUUGAAGAUUCGGUACAUGACGGAUAUUUCUAAUAGUAUGGUAAAGUUACAUGAUGCGUGAAUACAUUUUUUAUUUGAAGGUAGCCUUUAUUAGGCAGUUGGAUAACUUUAAAAAACCCAUAUUUUUAAGUAGGUACUGCAGUUUAUAUUUCAAAGCUUGGAACUUGACUAUUAAAAGUAAUAUAUGAUAGAAGUGUUUCUUGAAAAAACCUGAGAACCUGAAGUAGGUGAAGGAAUCUCACAUGAUUUAAAUAUAUUGGUUCUUUUUCCAGUUACAGUGAAUGUAAGAAUCUAUUCUUUUAUAUUUUAUACAUAUUACAUUAACUCAUUUAAAGUGGGUAUACAGAUUUGAGUGAUGGUAUUUACUGGUCAAAAUUAAAUGGUACAGUAAUCUUAGAUAAAGAUUCACAAGUUCAGCAUAAGUAAUAACACCAAUUAUUGUAAGUAUUGUAACUAAAAUAAUUGUUUAGAAACCUUAAAAUUUUGUAGGACCUCUAUUCAACAAAAAAACAAUGCUUGUAAAGAAUACAACAUCAAAAUUCAUAUACAUUCAUUUUAAUAUAUGUAGAAGACCCCAUUGUAAGUGACUAAAAUGUCCCCUAUUCAAUUUAAAUAAACUUGUAGCAAUGUAUGCAAAAUAAUUCUAUUUUCAUACUUAUUCUAAUGGGCAUGUAAUAUGUGUAUCAAAGGUUAAUAUAGUUUAGCAUGUUCAGGCUAAAAAGAGGUGUAUUUAUUUUUAGCACAUAGUGAUAACACUGUAGUAUCAAUGUUGAUAAAUACCAUGUCGUUAAUGUUUGUUUAAAUGUACUGUAAUCUUGCCUAUGUAGAAAAAUCAUUGGUAAUCUUAUUUGUAUCACAGAAACUUUGUGUAGAGAUUGCUUAUCAUCAUGAUCAAAAUAUGUUUUAUUAAAUUAUGAUAUACCCUGAUUAUUCAUUAAUUUUUCUCUAGGACAAAUAUUUAGGCCUGGCAAGACUCUUCAAGCCCUGCUCUAACUACAUUACUAGGGCAAAUAUUUCACAUUCUGUUUUUUUUUUCUUCUAAUGGGAUUUAUAGGUACUUAUUUCAAAAAUAAAUAUUAAUAAUAAUCUAUUUUAUGGGGUUAUCUUAUUAUUGAUGAAAAGAGGCUUUCUUGAUAUUCAGUAUUUGAACAUUAUUUCAGUCAUCUAUUAAGUUAUUCUUCCUGAGGAUCACCAUUCACAUACUUGUAACCAGUAUCCAAAACAGGACCUAAAAGAUACUUACACCAUCUAUGAGACAUUUAUAACAUACAUAAAAGAAUUUAAAAAUAUAUUUUGAAAAGUAGUAGUAGUAGACAUUUAUUUACUCCAUUAUAAAGGGUUUUCCAUUAAGGACUUGACAACUUUCUUCUAAAUAAAAUGCAAACCAUUUGAGAUAUUUCCAAAACUUCAUUAUUGGAUUGAAGUAUACUCAAAAUAUUCAUGUAUGGAAUUCGACCUCGUUCAUAUGUCCACCACGGGCACGUUCGCGGCGAUCGAUUCGUUAAACCCAAUUUUCAAUGACUCCCCCAUACAUUUCGACAGAAACGGCCGCUAUCUCUCGUUCAGUAUUGGCUCUGAGCUCCUCUUAUGAUGCCAGCUUGUUGGCAUCGACCAAUGAUUUAAUGUAGCCCCACAAAAAAGUCUAGAGGUUUUAAAUCACACGAUCUAGGCGGCCAUUCGACAGGACCAUUUCUCAAUAUAACAGGUUCACCGAAUUUUUAUUUCAAUAUGUCGAUUGUUUCACCUGCUGUGUGGCUUGUGGCACCGCCUUGUUGAAACCACAUAUCAUUAAUGUCAAACCCAUCCAAUUGACCAAAAAACUAACGUUGCAACAUGUCUCUGUAGCGAUCUCCGUUGACUCUAACGUGACGGUCAUUUUCAUCAACGAAAAAAAAACGACCCAAUGACCCCAUCGGCAUGUAAACCACACCACACAGUUAUUUUUUGUGGAUAAUGUGGUGUUUCUUAAAGCACACGGGGAUUUUUACCUGGCCAAUAACGCAUAUUUUGUUUGUUGACGAAGCCGUUUAGCCAAAAAUGCGUCUCAUCACUGAAUAUGAUUUUGCGAUGAAAUUGGUCAUUUUCUUGCAACAUUUCUAGAGCCCAAUUCGAGAAUGUACGUCGGAUCAUAUCAACGAAUGGCUUUAGUUCUUGAGUCAACUUGAUCUUAUAAGGGUGCAGGCCAAGAUCUCUUUGCAAAAUUCGUCAUAGUGUGGUCUGAGCGAUGCCCAGUUCUUGAGAACUCCGUGGAAUCGACGUGUUCUGUACGUUUGCGAUGGAAGCUUGAACGGCAGCAAUAUUUCCGGCACUUCGACCAACCCGUUGCCUCACUGGCACGGGAACAUCCAUCAGCGAAUAUGUGGACUCAAAUUUUUUUACUAGACUAUGAAUAGCUUGUCUACUGGGACGAGAAUUACGACCAAAAAUUAGCGUUAACGCUCUUAAAGUUACCGACUCGGAAUUUCGGUAGUAAAUUUUAAUUAUUUGUAAGCGUUGUUCGUUCGUGUACUUCACCAUGUUGAAAAUGUUUUCUUUACCGAUUGUUUUGACAUUGAUAGUUCGGUAAUUGAUUUAAAGGUGCGUUCACAGUGACAGUUCAAAAUUGUCAAGUCCCUUUUGGAAACCCGAUAUAAUGCUAAUGCCUCUUUUAAUCAGGCAUUAGUUCCAUCACCAUUUACCCCCACUCAAAACAAACUCAAUCGCUUAUCCUUCAAAUUCGCGCGCUCUUAUUGGUCAGCAUAUCAUAGGUGCUUGGGCAGACAGCAACAAGCAAAUAGAAGUG